AAUUCUAAUUCUAAAUUCUUGAUGAUUCCUACCAGUCAGUGGUACUAGUCCUGCUACAAAGGACCUAAUCGAAAGCAGCGGUUUCAACAACAGCAGUUCUGACAACAUGGAUGACACUCUGACCAGUCUGCAGUGGUUGCAAGAGUUCUCUAUCCUUAGUGACAGUGGAAGGCAACAAGUGAGUUCUAUUAGCCAACAUCAGAGCAAACUCUUUGAGCAGCAGCUGGGUGGAGAAGCUCCUGCAUCUCCUCUAGCAGGCGACCUUGCCUCCAUAGGCAUGCCACUGACCCCUGGUAAGCCCAUAGCAACAGCAGUUCCUGCCCUGUGCACUCUGCCCAGCUUGGUUGCACAUGGACACUGCCCAGAUGAGGUUGACUACAAGACAAACCCUCACAUCAAGCCACUACACUCAUAUGCCACCCUAAUUUGCAUGGCUAUACAGGCAAGCAAGAAAAGCAAAGUCACACUCUCCUGUAUCUAUAAAUGGAUCACUGACAACUUCUGCUACUUCCGCCAUGCUGACCCCAACUGGCAGAAUUCCAUCCGUCACAAUCUUUCACUGAAUAAAUGCUUUAUAAAAGUUCCAAGGCAGAAGGAUGAGCCUGGAAAGGGUGGCUUCUGGAAGAUUGAUCCGGAAUAUGCUGAACGUCUCCUGACUGGGGCUUACAAGAAGCAAAGGAUGCCUCCAGUACAGAUUAACCCAGCUUUUAAAAAUCAACUCAGAAUGAUCUCACAGCCAGUUAUGCCUGCGCCAACAGAUGUCACGGGUUUUCGCCAUGUUGAUCCUGAGUCACAGCAGCUCUUAGAAGAAUUUGAGGAAGUCACUAGACUUGACCAGAACUGGGACCCUCACCUAGCAGAAACCACUUUAUCUGAUUGCUGGAGCGCAGUAAAAGGCCACAAAAGAAAACAGCCAUAUGGCCACCGGGCUGGAAGUGCCCAAGCUCUGUGUCGCUCAAGCUCCCCACUGUUGGCCAUGGAGGAACCAAAGGUUCUGGGAUCUCUUAUGGGUAAUUUUGACUGGGAUGCUCUGCUAAAUUCAGCCCUAAAUGAGGAUUUGAGCCUGAAUGAGUGUGGUCCUCUGAGCCCAAUACCACAAGAUCAGAACCUCAUGGUACCUGGCAUUCAUGUUAAUUCCCUGGAGGCCUCUGUCAAUACUACAGAAAGUAACAUGCUAAUAGAAACACAAAAGGACCGUGAUGUAGACCUUGACAAAGAGACAUUCUUAGCCACAGAAUUUUUACAGAGUCCUUGGACAGAAGAAGAAGCGGGGAACCAUCCUGAUUUUCUUUCUAUGUCUACUGUUAACAUCAAUCAACUCUUUGAUCUGGGAGGCUCACUCAGUGAUGAUAUUAACAGUAAAAUUGAAUCUCUUCUCUGAACAGUUCAUCAGUAUCUUUUGAGACAGAUAAUGUCUAACCAAUACCAUUGAAAUACUAUGAGUGGAGAGAGCUAUUUUAUACCAAAGAGUAAAAAAUUUUGGUCCAUUGCAUUUCCAUUUUUCUCUCCCUCUCUCCUUCUGUCGAGCCACACACGAUUUUAUGGAGAUACUAGAGAUCCUGAUCCUUUCUGCUCUCCGGACAUGCCUGAUCCGUUUCGGAUGUCCUACCUCUAGAUGGAGCUCUCAUCUGCUCCAAUUCCAGAUUGCUGGGACUACGGCUGCUUUUAAGGCCAAACAGACUUCAUAUAAAUUCAUAAUUAACUUUUUCACACUAGCUGUUGUUACCCAGAUGAGGAUGGGUUCCCUUCUGAGUCUGGUUCCUCUCAAGGUUUCUUCCUCUUUACAUCUUAGGGAAUUUUUCCUUGCCACCGUCGCCUCCGGCUUGCUCAAAUUCUUGGGAUAAAUUUGCACUUUUAAUAUCUGUAUACCGUGUUUAUGUUUCUGUAAAGCUGCUUUGAGACAAUGUCUAUUGUAAAACACGCUAUACAAAUAAAAUUUAAUUGAAAAAAAAUGU